GCGGCAGUAGCGUUUAGAUGCCAUGUCCCUGCAUUCGUGUCACGCACGAUGCGACUAUGCACUGCAUGGAAGCAUUGCACGAUUGCGAUGACUAUCACACACAGACACUAUUCCACUGACUAUCGACUAAACACAAUUCGAGAGUCGGCUUCGCGCCCUCGCUGUGAAACUACAUGCCUGCGGGCUUGCUACGUGUUGGCCUUCAGCGGACCCUCACUCGCCCAGUGUACCCCGCCGCACCCGGGGUUGGGGCAUUUGAGCAUGCAAUCCCGCGUGCAGUCCUUCAACGCGUGCUUCACCGACGGGUCGUCGGGCGACAGCCGGUGGCCCCUCACGCAGUUGAGGCAACAUCCGUUGGGCACGCGCACGUUGUGCUGUGGGGACCCACUCGCCGCCGCUGCUGCUGCCGACGAGGUCGCGCCGCCCGUUGCAGGGCUGCGAGGCACCAGGGCCCUGACUCACACGAGACACACGACGCCCUCACACCCAAAAAAACUACGUGUUUUCUUUGACUCGGUCACUCACUUGGAUGGGGCUACUACGACACUCUUGCCCUCGAUCCGCUCAACGCGCGCAUGCAGAUCGGCCACCAAUGCCGUGUCGAACACGAUGGGAUACAUCGGCCCGCCCUGCAGCUUGGCUGCACGCUGAAUGGCCAUCUUGAUGUGGGCGCCCACACCUGUGCACGGCACAGGCGACGCAUGGACGACGUGUCACUUGGACGCUUCCCUUUGUCACUACUCCCAUUCCUUUGCCCACUUACGUGUCGGCCUCCAUAGACGUUGGAGACCUCGACGAGUUUUGUGUAUAAGGUGGUGAAGCGCGGCGCUUUCUCACGCUCCUCUGGCAGGAGCCCGUUGCGGUACAUCUCGCC